ACGCUGCUGGUGCUCUGCCAGCGCUCACAGCCCUGACGACAUUAAUGAGUCCAGCGAGUCCCGCUCUCUUCUGCAGGCAAAUGAUGGACGUAUGCAUGAGAUUCCCUGAUACUAUCCCAAAUUAUCACACACACACACACACUCAGAGCGCAAGGCCUAUAGGAAGCAGUGAUGCUGCGAGCUACACACCCGAACACGACACACACAGCGCAGGGAAGGGAGAUAGAGCAAAUUUAGUCCAUGAUACAGAGAAGGCAAACGCAUUCUAAUCAUUCGCGCCUGUGGCACCGGGAUGGUUGGAGGUCUGGGUGCUGAGCUGAGGAUGCAGGCAUCACGUUGAUGAGCUCCAGGCCAAUUGGUUGCCUGCCUUCCACCGUUAUCUGCUCUCUCCCUUCUUCGGCUGUCUCCGCGUCUCUCCUCUUCCUCUGUCUUCCUUCAACUCGUGAAGAAUGAUUAGCAUACGGGAGGCGAGAGGAACUUUCCAGCGCGAGUGAACAGGAGAACAAGUGCGCAAAAGGAAGGACGCUGGAAAAUACCAUCAGCAAGCGAUUGGAAAGUUUGAGCGAAGAGCACAUUUCCAGACUGAAAAUGAAAUUGGAGGAGGUGUAGUGACCUCUUAUCAGUCGUCUAACAUAGAGGGCCGCAGGGCAAACAGAGGUCUGAACCAAAGAGCGAUUAAAUCGGUAAUUACAUCAGAUGGAGGUGGAUGUAGCAGAUGAGAAGCGCCAUUGCACACGCUCAAAAGUUCCCCUGGAGCCAGCCAUACAUGAGUUGUUCAGUGUGUAUGGCUGUCCUGCCGCCAAGAAGAGAAAACCCCUGGAGAGCCAUGCCCUGGAGCCCUCGCCCAAGAGGAAGGUCUUUCUAACAGUCAUAGACCAGCCGUCAACGGAGGAGAUGGAUGAAAAUGAGGAGGAAGAGGAGGAGGAGGAGGAACAAGAUGAUGAGGAAAAUGAAGAUGAAGAGGAACCGGAGGAGGAAUAUACUGACAACGAGGACCAAUAUGAACAGGAAGAGGUAGAAGUGAUUAAUGGAGAAGAGGAAGAGGUGGAACAGGAAGAAGAGGAAGUGGUGGAGGAGGAAGAGGAAGAAGAAGUAGAAAGAGAGUGGGAGGAUGAUGAAGAUGAAGAUGAGGAAGAUGAGCAAGAGGAUGAGGAGCAAAUUCAAGAAAUAGAGAGUGACCAUAUGAAUUGCAGUCCCAGCAGAACAAGCCCCUCCAUGGAGAAGGACAACAACAACAACGAUGAAUAUGAAAACUACGAUGAACUGGUUGCCAAAUCUCUGCUUAACCUGGGCAAGAUCGCAGAGGACGCCGCUUAUCGGGCCAUGACCGAGUCCGAGAUGAACAGCAACUCCUCAAACAGCGCAGAAGAGGAGGAGGAAGAAGAUGAGGAUGAGGAGGGCUCAAGGAAAGGUGAGCUGAGUCUAGAUGUAAACAGUGAUGUGGUAAGGGAGACUGUGGACUCUCUAAAGCUCCUGGCGCAGGGUCACGGAGUCACGCUCUCAGAAAACCUCCACGAACAGCCGUUUCAUGAUGAUGGGAGCGAGAACACGGACUGCGAUCUAAACGGAAAUGGAUCCACUGGUAAUGGACUCAGCGGUAAACCCACCACUAAUGGUCAGAUGGCAGAGAAAAGUGACGAGGAAGUUUGUCUGAGCAGUUUGGAGUGUCUUCGCAACCAGUGCUUUGACUUGGCACGCAAGCUAAGCGAGACCAAACCAGCCGAGCGGCUCAUCAAUAACCAGCAGGAGAUUCAUCAGCUUUAUCAAGAGGCCCAGCAGCAGCAGCAGCAGCAUCAGGGUCCUGAGGAGUCCCGCGUCCUCGAGCGGAAUUACUCUGACAUGGUCAACCUGAUGAAGCUUGAGGAGCAGCUCAGCCCAUGCGCCAAGACUUUCUCCAGCUGCGCCGCAGAGCACAAGGGCUUCCAGGACUGCGAUGAAGACACCACCUCCGUCACGUCGGACCGCUCAGAGGACGUUUUCGACAUGACCAAAGGCAACCUGUCACUGCUGGAGAAGGCCAUAGCACUGGAAACGGAACGGACCAAAGCGUUGCGGGAAAAAAUGGCUUCGGAAGCAGUCAGGAGAGAUAGACUGCAUUUGCAUGAGGAUGGUUUGAGGCACAGCUAUGCGGAGGAGCGGAAGGCGCGUCUGCACCAUGAUGGCCUAAAGAAGCCCUACUACCUUAAAGAUUCUUCACGGUCGGGGAAAAAGGAGAGCCGGUGUCCAACGCCUGGGUGUGACAGCACAGGUCAUGUGACGGGUUUGUACCCGCACCAUCGCAGCCUGUCUGGAUGCCCUCAUAAAGACAGAGUCCCGCCAGAAAUUCUUGCAAUGUAUGAAAAUGUUCUUAAGUGCCCUACGCCUGGCUGCACGGGCCGGGGCCACGUCAACAGCAACAGGAACUCUCACAGGAGCCUGUCGGGCUGUCCAAUAGCGGCUGCAGAGAAGCUGGCCAAAGCCCACGAGAAACAUCAGUCAUGUGAUGGAGGCAAAUCCAACCAGGCUUCAGAUCGUGUGCUCAGGCCCAUGUGCUUCGUCAAACAGCUGGAGAUUCCACAGUACGGCUAUAAAAACAACGUGCCCACUUCAACCCCACGAUCCAACCUGGCCAAAGAGUUAGAGAAAUACUCCAAAACCAACUUUGACUACAACAGCUAUGACAACACCAACAUCUACAGCAAACGGCACACUGCUGCACUCAAAGUCCACAGUCGGGACACACUGCCCAAAACUGAUGAUGUGAAGCGCUACUGCAAGAGCUCCAGUUCGGCGAGCAGCACCACCAGCAGCUACGGGCCCAGCAGCAGCAGCCUGAGCUGUGGAGGAGGAGGAGGAGCAAGCAGCGCCAGCAGCACCUGCAGCAAGAGCAGCUUCGACUACACACACGACAUGGAGGCGGCGCACAUGGCUGCUACCGCCAUCCUCAACCUCUCCACCCGCUGCAGAGAGAUGCCCCAGAGCCUGAGCGGGAAAGCCCUGGAGAUCUGCACGCAGUCUGAUGAUCUGGAUCCCUUCCAGGACAUUUUAGAGGACAGCGCGUACACUACUGAUGUCGGCAUUCCCAGUCCCAAACCAAAAUUUCCUCCUUGCAAAGAAAGCAAAAAGGACCUGAUAACGUGUCCAGUCCCUGGUUGUGAUGGUCAAGGUCACAUAACGGGCAAAUAUGCGUCACACCGCAGCGCGUCAGGCUGCCCUCUAGCAGCCAAACGACAGAAGGACAGCUAUAUCAAUGGAUCCCAGUUCACAUGGAAGGCUGGGAAGACGGAUGGCAUGUCGUGUCCCACUCCAGGCUGUGACGGCUCUGGACAUGUCAGCGGCAGUUUCCUGACCCACAGAAGUCUCUCUGGUUGCCCACGUGCCACGGCAGCAAUGAAGAAAGCCAGACUAUCAGGAGUGGAGAUGCUCACAAUAAAACAGCAAACAAGCAAUGGUUUAGACUGUGAUGCAGAUGUUAAACAGCUGGAUGAAGACAUUAAAGAUUUAAAUGAAUCAAAUUCACAGGUGGAAGCGGAUAUGAUCAAACUUAGAACACAG